CCGUAAGUCACGGUUACACAGCACUUUUAUAACGGGGCCGAAUUUCUGCUAAGUCACCGUCCUGUGCAAAUAAGACCGCCUGGCCUUCACAUUCAGAGAGGAAACGGCAUUGGACGCACUUUAACUGCGACAUGGGGACAGACAGCACUGCUGCUCGCACCUUGCUGGACAAGGCGGACAAACUCGUUAUACAGACUGGUAACCUGCUAAACUGGGGAUGCCUGAAGAAGAAAUGCCCGAGCACCCCCAGCGAAGAGCUACAAGAUUGCAUCAGAACAACAUUAAAUGAAUGGAGCCAAAAAUUCAGUCCAGAACUUGUAAAGGAAAUCCCUCAGACUCUUGAAUGUACAGUUCCCCAGGCAAUGGAAACCAUAAAUCUUGAUGAAAGAGAAGAAAUGAAAGUAUCAGUGAAACUGUUCAUUGUGAGUCCCAGUCAUUCAUCAGUCACGCAGGCCAUAGAUAUGGCGUGUUCAACCCUUGGAGUUGCCCAGAUAGAUUCAAUGAUCAUUGCUCCACCUCCUUUGGAAGAUGGAAGAAGUUUUUCUUUGGAGAAUUUACAGCCUUACUGGGAAGAGCUUGAAAGUCUUGUUCGAAAUGGAAAAGUGGUUUCCAUAGGGACAUCAGACUUGGAUAAAGCACUUUUGGAACAGCUUUACCUCUGGUCCCAGGUAAAGCCAGCCAGUAAUCAAGUGAACCUUGCAUCAUGCUGUAUAAUGCCACCUGAUCUUACAGAGUUUGCAAAACAGUUUGACAUCCAGCUGCUAACACACAAUGACCCCAAAGAGCUCCUUUCUGAAGAAGCCUUUCAAGAAGCCCUGAAAGAAUCUGCACAAGAAUGUCAUUCCAGUGCCUGGUCACCUAUCUGGAUUUUAAGAUACUCUGUCAUAGUGAAAACACGAGGAAUUAUUAAAUUAAAAGGAUACAUUUUGCAGGCUCAAAGGAAAGGUUCCCUUUAGCCCCAAUAAAGCACACUGACCUGGUUCUCAGACGCACAGCUAUUUUACGUAAAUGGAGGCAUUUAUUUACAAGACCAAGUUUGUCAGUUCAAUUGUAUUAUCUAUAUAUACAGAGAUUUGUUUACAAAAUGAGCUAAUUUAUGACAAAACUGCAAUCUGUAGUAUGGAGAGCAUGCUCUGCUAUUGUAGGAAGUGUGUAUUGUUUUAACAUGUACUACACUGGGCCAACAUCUAGUCUAUAAAAUUGCUGUUUUAUGUUGGAGGCUACUGAAAAUAUGCUAUAGACAUUUUGUUUUCCUAACACAGAAUGAUGUUUUGAGUCACAUAUAUCUGGUAAUCAGUAAAUUGUUUUAUAGGUCAUUUUGUAACUUUGGAGAUUAAUUAACACACUAAAACCAGGUCAUAACCUUGUGGAUAUCUAAA